CCUCGAUCGUUGUUUGGCAUUGCACAACUGUUGAGAAAUUCAAAACAAAUAAAACAUCGAACGAGCUCGAAAUGUAUUCAAUUAAUAUUCGGUUCAUACACGGAAAGACCUGGAGGUCCCCGAUAACUGGUUACAGCACCAAGAAUAUACCAACACUAGUACUAGCAUGGGGCAAAAACGAGGCCGGUUUGGUCGAACAACGGGUGCAACUUUGCGAAGAAUUCCUACUUGGCGGAGUUCAUUGACGGCACAAGAUGUUUGUGUAAUACAGAAGAAAGUUGAUAAUGAAAAGAAACAAGAAAUAUUGGCAGAAUUUGAGAGCCAGUUUGAGGAUGGAGGGUUGGGUUCUACGGAUUAUCCUCUGUUUUAUUCGCUAAACAAAUGCAAACGAUGGGAGUUGCCAAACUUGCUGAAAGAUAACAUCAUGUUUGAUCCUGUACACGAAACAAAUGAGUUUGAAGUGAUUUUAGUUGAACGCAGCAUUGGUAUUCCAUCAAGCAAGUCACCUGAUUGCACUGGAAUCCACAAAAGCAAAGGAGAAAUUCAUUCUAAGCAGCCUAGAAAUAAGUAUGCUCAUGUGCAUGAUUUAAUCAAUGUAGAACAAAAUGCCAAAAUAUCAAAUGCCAAGAGAAAUAGUGGGAAUCGUAAGAAACGUAGUAGGACAGAAACUGAAGACAUUGAAAGAGACCCGACUCCAUGUUUAAAAUACGAAGUCAGUUACGCACGUCCUCGCAAAGAAUAUCCGCAUUUUGCACCUACACUUGAUCACAAAGGAGAUUUUGCUAAAAGAAUAGCGAAAAAGGGGCAACGACCUAACAAGUGCCACUUAGAAUUUGAGGAAGAUGAUGAUGAUGAUUACUAUUCAGAUCACUUCGAUUGUGAUGAUGGUUAUAUUGGUGAUGAGGAGAGCAUUUUUUAUGUUUAUGAUCCAGAGUUCUCAAUGGGACCACCACCAUUGUUAAGCCUUAGCGAUCAUUUGGAUUUCUCAGACACACAAACCAGAUCACCAAAGAAAAGUAAAUUACAUAAGAAGAAAUUGAAGAAGAACACUACAUGCGAUGAGGCCAAGAUUUCAGGAAAAGACCAUAAAAUCACAAUACCUUCACCAGAUGUUCCAACUACAAGCAUCAAUAACCAACCAGCUGCCACAAUGGCACUGUCACCAGAUAUUCUUCCAACACUGCCACCUACUACUUCCAUUCUUAUUACUAAGUCUUCUAUAAUCCCUGAAUGUUUGGAAACGAUUUUUAAAAGUGAUUACACUGAGGGUGCUAGUCUGCCUAGGAGGUUCCUAAUUGACGUGACAUCGCACGUUCAAGAUACUCUGCUUGAACGAGGAAUGAGCAAAGCUGCCACACAACUGCGAAAAAUGGGGCGAAGAUUUCUCGUCAUUUUCACAAAAAUUCAGAAAGGAAUGUCAGAAUCUUUUGUAAACUAUGCCAGGACAGAGAAGAAUGGUGAAUUGUUGGAGGAAGUUGACGACUUUAGGGUUUGCUUAUUUGGUUUAGAAGAUCAAUUUAUUUCCAAUUAUGAGUAUGAACUUAAGAAUGCUCUAAGCAACAGCAAUACCUUUUCUGCCACAGAUGUCAUCACAGCAAUUAAGACUAUUCUGGACCAGUUACCUGUGGACUACUUUUAUACAGAUGUAAAGACUUCAAAAGGUGCUUUGUGUCACCUGGCCUAUAACGCACUUCAACAGCACCUACAACAGGUGUCUGAAGUGAUGACACCACAUGCUCUACACCAGAUGACUACUACCAAUGAAACCAUCAAGAUUUUAAAUGCACAAAUUCUUCAGCAAAGUUCUUGUGGUAUCUGCUUUGAAGAUCUGCUGCCCUCUAGUGAUGGAUAUUCUGGUACAGCUUUAGGUUCAUGCCAACAUUGGUUCUGUAAUGACUGCUGGAAACAUCACAUCCACACCAGAGUUGGGCGAGGUGAUUGCUCCAUUCUUUGUCCCGAAUACCAGUGCGAUAGCAAAGUGGAUACACCAACAUUGAUGUCAUUGACCUCAAGUAGUCAAUUUCAAAACCACAUGACUCACAAGCAGAAUAGAAUUGUGGACAAUGAUCCUAGUUUGCAUUGGUGUCCAGAACCAGGCUGUGGUCAUGUAGGGAAGGUGUGCCAAUGCAGUGACGGUGAAGGCUUUGUACCAUGUGAUUGUGGUAAGGCAUGGUGUGUUGGAUGUAAGGAAGACGUCCAUUGGCCAGCACUGUGUGAACAAGCGGAGGAGUACUUAAAAACCUUAAGGAAGAGAGAGGAGGACAAGAGAAGCCACAAAAUCAUGUCUGUCCGCGUGAAGAAAUGCCCACACUGUAACCGUCGGAUGGAAAAGAAUGGCGGUUGUCCAAAUAUGGUAUGCUUCUGUGGAAAGAUAUUUUGCUGGAUUUGUUUGCAGCCUCAUUCUUAUUCACCAAGCUGUAGUAAAUUAACUGCCGAGUUAGAAACUGUUGAACUUUAUCCUGUAAUGAUUGGUGUAACCAAAGAUGAGAUCCUUAGAAAAGCCAUUGAUUUCAAGAAAAUGGCAUCAAGAACCGCCUUUACCAAGAUGAAGAGAGGUGUGGUUGGAGUGCUUACAAAAAUGCAUGCUAAGACAAUCAAGCAAAACUCUGAUAACAAGAAUGCUACUAAAGGUGAUCUGGUAGCAGUUGAGAAGAGAAUCUGCAGUUGGUGUAGGACUGAGGAGCAGAUGAAGAUCCACACAGAGGCUGUUGCCAUGGCAGACCAAGUUGCAGAGUUCUAUACUGAAGUAUGUUCACAAUUUGCGGUAUCUUGCUGCAUAAAUCCGUUUUUAGGUUUAAGCUACCUUUACACUAGUCACGAUUGCAACACAACAACGACAUACAGAUGCGUGCAGUGUUGA